UCCCUACAAGUGACGUACACGCGAACGAUUGGUUGUCAGGAAAUCCCGAAUGAUUGUGAGUUCUGUUCGUAUGGAAGAGAGAGUGAGAGAGAAAGAGAGAACGAGGAUACUGUUCCUCCCGUGUUUCGGUGAACACACUAGUCGUCGAGUUUUGAGUAUCUACCCUACCCUCGUCUCAUAAAAUUUAGAUGUGUCGCUACGAUCGUCUCUACGACAGUUCAUGUGUUUUUAUUUUUUUGACCGUGUCAUUUUCAAUUUUAUGUAGACGAGUCGAUAUCAAGCAGUGAGAAAAAUGUCGAUGAGUUGUACCUCUCAGUGUAUUAAAUACUUGCUUUUUGUUUUUAAUUUCAUCUUUGCGGUAUGUGGAUUAGGCAUUCUAGCCCUUGGUGUCGUCGUACACUUGCAGAUGGCAGAUGUAAAUGCACAGAUAAAUGUAAAUACCACGUUCCCAUCGAUAACUUUGAUGGUUCUCGGCAGCAUAAUCUUUGUAAUAUCAUUUUUCGGAUGUUGCGGUGCUAUCCGGGAAAGUCAUUGUAUGACAAUUACCUUUGCGUCGUGCCUGUUGUUCAUCUUGCUGCUACAAAUAGCAGUUGCCGCCUAUGCCUUCAUAGUUGUUAAGAACAGUGAUGAGAAUAUUGAUUUAAAUUACCGGAAAAUAUUCGAUACUUACUUUUUGAAUGAAAAAAACCGUGAACUUAUCGACUUAAUUCAAAACAGCUUGAAAUGUUGUGGUGUCUCGUCUUACCAUGAUUUUGAUGGCCGUGGCUCUAUUCCGGCAAGUUGUUGUUCUAGUUCUACAGGAGACACUUGUAGUGCAAGUAAUGCGUACACCGAUGGUUGUGUGAAGCAAAUAAAAUUGACACUUACGACAAUAGGAGUAUUAUUUGGCAGCGUUGCUAUCGCUGUUGCCGGCGUUGAGUUGAUUGGUAUCAUAUUUGCACUUUGUCUGGCAAAUUCUAUAAAGAAUGCUGAUCGCAGAGGUUACAGAGUGUGAAAGUUCAACAGACAUUGAAAGAAGUACAUACUAAAAGUAAAAAUAAAAAAUAAUGUCACAGAUAACACUAUCAAUUAAUAAUUUGAUAUUAAAACGUAAUGGAAGAUACAAUUAUCCUACUGAAACAAAUUUAGACAAUUUUAUAAAUGUUGGAUUGAUGAAUGAGAGGAAAGUACCUUUUACUUUAAUUUGAAACACAGUUUUUG